GGGCGGGACUGGAAAUAAGAUUCCAGGGCAGAGAUUUUCAUGCACUGAAUAACCAGGCAUAACAAUCCCUGCACAAAAUUCUGUUCUCUGCCAUCAGAUACAUCAAACUUCACAUAGAGCGAAUCAGUGCUGGUGGAUCUGUUGGUGAGCAGCUUGGAGGAGAACUGCUGAACUAAUGACAGAACCUAAUAAGUGUUACAUCAUGUGGCUGAUAAAUAUGGCAACCCUGCUCUGCCUGGCCUCUUCAGCUGCAGCUGCCACCGCCCCAAAGGCAAACAAGGUCCUCAGCAACCAUGCCACCAUCCUGGCUGACAACAGCGCCACCCUGGCCUUCAGUCUCUACCAAAACAUGGCCAAGGAGAAAAACAUGGAAAACAUCCUGAUCUCCCCCGUAGUGGUAGCCUCCUCUCUGGGCCUGGUUGCUCUCGGUGGAAAGGCCGCCACCGCCUCGCAGGUAAAAACUGUUCUGAAUGCAGCUAAAGUUAAAGAUGAACAGCUGCACACCGGCCUGGCAGAGCUGCUGACCGAGGUCAGUGACCCCAAGACCCGAAAUGUCACCUGGAAGAUCAGCAACCGUCUGUACGGACCCAACUCUGUCAAAUUUGUGGAUGAGUUUGUCAAGAGCAGCAAGAAACACUACAACUGUGACCACUCCAAGAUAAACUUCAAAGAUAAGAAGAGUGCUGUGAACUCCAUCAACGAGUGGGCAGCCAAGUCUACCGACGGCAAACUGCCUGAGGUCACCAAGGAUUUGGAGAAGACUGAUGGAGCGAUGAUCAUCAAUGCCAUGGUUUUCAAACCUCACUGGGACCAGCAGUUCCAUCAUAAGAUGGUGGACAACCGUGGAUUCAUGGUGUCCCGCAGCCUCACGGUUUCAGUACAGAUGAUGCACCGCACAGGUCUCUAUGGCUUCUAUGAUGACAGCACUAACAAGCUUUCCAUCCUGAGCAUGCCUCUGGCUCAUAAGAAGUCCAGUGUGGUGUUCAUCAUGCCCUACAAUGUGCAGCCUCUGGAGAAGCUGGAGAAGAUCCUGACCAAGAAGCAGCUGGAGACGUGGAUGGGCAAACUGGAGGAGACAGCAGUAGCUGUGUCUCUGCCCAAAGUCAGCAUGGAAGUCAGUCACAACCUGCAGAAACACCUCGGGAAACUGGGCCUGACAGAGGCUGUGGACAAAUCCAAAGCAGACUUCUCCAACAUUUCUGGGAAAAAGGACCUCUACCUGUCAAGCCUGUUCCAUGCCUCUGCCAUGGAGUGGGACACUGAGGGGAAUGAAAUUGACACCAGCGUCUUCGGCACGGACAAGCUGAAAAGCCCCAAACUCUUCUACGCCGACCACCCCUUCAUCUUCCUGGUGAAGGACCAGAAGACAAACUCCAUCCUGUUCAUUGGCAGGAUGGUCAGGCCAAAGGGUGAUAAGAUGAGAGAUGAGUUGUGACCAUGUGUAGACUGUCGUGUUUACAGAUUUAACAUGUGACUGUGUGCGCGGGUGUAGGUUAUCUACUGCAAUAUGCUUAGAGAAGUGGGAAAUGAAUUAUAGGUUGGAUAUUUGCAUAAAUGCAUUCCUUUGUCCCAACGGCAUUCCACAAAAAGUGAAAAGUCUUCAGUUUUAACUUGGAGAAUAUUUCUUACUAUUUGUACUUUUGUUAUGUAUUGGCACAUCACAUUAUGGACUGAAGACUUACGUUAAGUAUGAUUUCCUCAAUUUAUGCCUAAAAUGUAAAUGCACAGUUUCAUAAAAGUUUAUCAUCUGCGUAUGUGCAGGCACAAAAAUUAUCGUUUUCAUGAUCAAGUCUUAUCAGUUGUUGACAACAAUCCUUUAAAUGUUUCAAAUAUGUUUAUUGGGAAAACAAUCACAUAACAGAGAAAUUAACAGUCGACAGUUAUAUUUCCUUUGUUUUUUUACAGAAGGUGAAAAAGUAAUCCCUGACAAAAAAGACUAAUGACAAAAAAGAAUAGCAAGUAAACAAGCAAUGCAUUAACAAAACAGAUGAAACAAAAAGGACAGGACAAAAAAGAAAAGAAAAAAGACAACAGUGCGUACCCUCCCAUCACCCCCCCCCCCACCCCCCUAAGGAGUGCAUCCAACUAGGGACUCAAUCAGAUUCUCUUUCGAGAUGAGAGACCAAACUUUGUCAAGUUUUGCUGUCCAUGUCCAUUAGACCAAUGGAUCAGAAAUCAUUUUCCAAUUCUUUCACUUUCUCGCACAAGCAUGUUUUUUCUUGAACCAAGAGGCCUCCGUGCAGUUUAUCUGGGUAGUGAUCUGUGCUGAAUGCAAUGAUCUACACUGGCAAACAGGUGGUAGAUGUAAGCACUGUCUCAGCAGCAUGUGCACACAUGGUUUUUGACUGUUACAAAUCAAAUAAAAAAAUAUGAAAAGUG